UUAUCCCCACUCACAGCCAGUAAUAAAACACUUCACACAACUCUCUCAUCACUCACUCAACAAUGGCUCUAACCAUAGCCAACGGUGGUGGUGGUGGUUGUGGCAGUAGUAGAGGUGGAAUCCUCUACAGCAACCCCACCAAACACCACUUCACCAGCCUCCCCAUCAAGCGCCACCUCCUCUUCCCACUCUCAACCAGAACCACCACCACCACUCUCCACAUAGUCUCAGCCAAGAAAUUCUCCUCCAGAACCGGACGACUCGACGGCAAGAACCGGAGGAGCAACACCACAACCAAGGACCAAGAUGAAAACCAACAACGUAAUGACUUGGUGGACAAUAAGUUUAACAGUAUUGAAGGUGGUGGUGGAGUAGGUUCUUUUGAAGAUGGUGUUGUUGCUGCUGCUGCUGCUGAUGGAUAUGUGUUGCCAGAGCUUCCGGGUGACAAGCCUGACUUCUGGGAAGGACCUCAGUGGGAUGCUUUUGGUUUCUUUGUUCAGUACUUGUGGGCUUUCGGCAUCGUUUUCGCGCUGAUUGCAUGUGGGGUUGCUGUGGCUACGUACAAUGAAGGGGCAACAGAUUUUAAGGAGACUCCUGCAUACAAAGAAUCAAUCCAAUCUCGAGAGCUUUUGGAAGAACCAGAUGCAUCAACCUCAGAUGUGUUUGAGUCCAACCCAACAGAAGUGGCACCUAGUUUGGAAUAGUAUCUCUAUAGUGAGUGAAAACAAGGUUUACUUCUGGGAUAUGAUAUAAUUGUAGACAAAGAAACAUUCCAAUGAGGACAUCAGUCUUAGUAGGUAAAUUUUCUGCAUAUAUGUUGUAACUUUGGGAUUUGAUACAGGAAAAUUUGGUAGUAUGCAUUGAGUUUACAAACAAAUUGUUGAAACAUCUAUUGAUAUGAUCUCUGCUGUUUUCAUGUACUUUUACCAAGGUUCUGAGAUUUGGUUUUGGGUAACUUUCUGUGAUAGCCAAAUUUCCUGGUUGAAACAUCAUGUAAACAGAAAAACUUUUAGUCGAAGGCAGGGGUUAUAUAUUGCUUUCCGAUA